AGUUUGAAUGGUAGCAUUUCAGGUACACAAGGGACUAUUAUAUAAUUCACUGCUUAAUGUAGGAGUCUUUUGUUUCAUAUCAUUUCAGAUCACCCUUCCAAAUUACCACCUCCUGGUGACUACAUCAUGGCUAAAACACACAAUGUGACAGAAUUUAUUUUCCUGGGACUUUUUUCCAAUCAGCUGGUACAGAAAGUCUGCUUUGUGAUAUUUCUGCUCCUGUAUGUUGCCAUCGUGCUGGGGAAUUUCCUCAUUGUCCUCACUGUCAUGAGCAGCAGAAGCCUCGGCUCCCCCAUGUACUUCUUCCUCAGCUACCUGUCCUUUGUGGAGAUCUGCUACGCCUCGACGACAGCCCCCAGACUCAUCUCAGAUCUUCUGGCUGAAAGGAAAGCCAUAUCUCUGUGGGGCUGCAUGUCACAGGUUUUCUUUAUCCACUUGUUUGGUGGCACUGAGGCUUUCCUGCUCACCGUGAUGGCCUAUGACCGCUACGUGGCCAUCUGCAAGCCCCUCAGCUACACCACCAUCAUGAACCGGCAGGCGUGUGCCUUCCUGGUGGGCGCAGCAUGGGUGGGGGGCUUCGUGCAUUCCUUGGCCCAAAUCCUUCUCGUCUUCCGCUUGCCCUUCUGUGGCCCCAAUGUGAUCGACCACUAUUUCUGUGAUGUGCUUCCCUUGCUCAAACUUGCCUGCUCUGACACCUUCCUCAUUGGUCUUCUGAUCGUUGCCAACGGGGGGACCCUGUCUGUGAUCAGCUUCGUGGUCCUCUUAGCCUCCUAUGUGGUCAUCUUGCUCCAUCUGAGGACUCGGAGCUCCGAGGGGUGGCGCAAGGCCCUGUCCACCUGUGGGUCCCACAUCACCGUGGUCACCUUGUUCUUUGGGCCCUGCGUCUUCAUCUAUCUGAGACCUUCCGCCACCCUGUCUGUGGACAAGAUGGUGGCCGUGUUCUACACGGUGAUCACCCCACUGCUCAACCCCGUCAUCUACUCCCUGAGAAAUGCUGAAGUGAAGAAGGCCAUGGAGAGGCUGUGGGUCAGAGCAAUGAAGCUCGAAGAGAAAUAG